UGUAACCUCUUACUGACAUAUUGUUCGGUAUCACAGACCACAGGUGAACCCUUACUGGCGCAAUGUGCUAUAUCACUGGUAGGAAAUAAUCUCUUACUGACAUAUUGUACCGUGUCAUUAACAGUUGGUGACCUCUUGUAUCAGACAGUUGACCUCUUACUGACGUAUUCUACCUUAUCACAGGCAACUCCUUCCUGACAUACUGUAUUGUACCGCAGACAGCAGGCGACGUCUUACUGACACCCCCUAGGUAACACUGUGUACACCUGCUGCCUUCCCUACAGUCUGUCUCCGCCGGUCAUACCGAGGCUUCUGCACCUCUCUAAGUCUCUGUGCGUGCUUCCAUGGGGUGUGGGGAGGGGGGUGACAUUCCUCAGCCCCCUCUAAUGGGCUGAGGGGGUCUCCCUGGGUAACAGUCCCCGAUCUCUCUAUAAUAAAACAUCCACCCCCCCUCCACUCCCUUCCAUAUAUAUAUCUGCCGGAUACACCAGCCUACAGAACGGACCAGUCCUGCACUAUCAGGACAGACACCCACAAACCUUCUGCAACCUCUGUAACAAGGACACACCACGCAACCGGGCCGCAACGCUCUGCAGCGCAACAGGACCACCUGGACUGACCCUACGGAGACCCCGAGGGCUACACAUCCCCGCCGAUAUCGUUCACAGGUCUCACCUCCGAGAUGAAAGUAACGUCAGCACUGACCUUGGUGACCCUACUGAUUGUAGGGGGUUCCACCAGACCCUCUCCCCAGCUGAAACACCUGAAGUCUCUCAUAGAUCUCAUGUCCCAUGACCUCUCCUCCUCGGAGGAGAUACUGCUCCUGGAAAGCAUGGAUGAUAUGGGGGUGCCAGCCUCGGGUCCCCGUCCUAGAGACACGCGGCUCCAUCAGGACUCUGCCCAGGUGCCCACCAACCGCGCCGCCUGGCUCCGCAUCUUCAGCGACUUCAUGAACAACCAGAAGAAAUUUAGGGGGCGCACAAAGAAAUCCGGAACCAUUCGUGGAUGUUUUGGGAUGAAACUAGACCGGAUUGGAAGCAUGAGUGGAUUGGGGUGCUGACACCAGGCAUAUCUCACUAGUAACGAUUCCCACCACGGGAUGAUCUUCUUCCACCUCCCUGACUGCAGUCACUGGACACCUCUGGCUGCUGACAAAUGAGAAACUAACUCCAACCAAAUGACAAGAGCGCCCCCCGCCUGCAGUGACGACCUCCACAUCACGGAGAGAACACAAUUGUACUUAUGAUGAAUCCAGGCGCGGAGCGUUCAUCGCUCCCCCGUCACCUACUACGAGACUUCUCGUAAAUAGGAGGAGGUAUAAUGAGGGGGCUGCGUCACCCCUGCCUCUAAAUGUAGGAAAAUCAGGAUAUUUCUGCCGUAUAGAAAGAAUAUUAGAUGAUGUUACCUGAAGAUGCUAAUAAACCUUUCAUCCUUA